AUGCUAGACAACACAACUUGGAGACAAUUCAUACACAAUGCUAUGAGACGCUGCCACGGAGUAUUUGGAGAGGCUAUCGAGUAUUACUUUCUUAGCCAGGAAAAUAAUAUAGCUUACCUGAAAGUCAACCGCUUCGAUAAGGACAAUUUUUCUUCAGGACUUUCUCUGUACAUUUCCAGCGAAGAGCUUGUAGGGACGUCCCUUGUUGCUACUAUCAUCCAAGAAUCAGACACAAUCGAAUCGUUGAUAGUGGCCGAGGAAGAUCAGCUAUGGCUGAAAAGGGUAAUUGAAGAAUGCCGAGAAGAACGCGAGUGCACAACCUAA